AUCGUCAAGCAUGUUCCACGUCAUGAAACAUGGACAUUACAGUUCUCGCUUUGGCAGCAAGCCUGGAUUGCAGUGCAUUGGCAUGCAUGAAAACGGCAUCAUCUUUAACAAUAACCCGACUCUCUGGAAAGAGAUCCGUCCAUUUUUCACAAAGGCCCUUUCUGGACCGGGUCUUGUACGGAUGAUAGCCAUCUGCGUUGAAUCAGCAGUUGUACACCUUGACCAGUUGGAGAAAGAGACCACCGAGUUGGAACAUGUCAACACCCUGAAUCUUAUGAGACGCGUCAUGCUUGACACUUCAAACAAGCUUUUUCUUGGCAUCCCUCUUGAUGAACAUGCCAUUGUGCUGAAAAUCCAGAACUACUUUGACGCCUGGCAAGCUCUUCUCCUGAAACCUGACAUUUUCUUUAAGUUCUCCUGGUUCUACAAGAAGUACGAGAAGUCUGC